GGUGGGAGGCCCCAUGGCGCCGCCUCAGCGCUGCCGCGUCCUCAGGUGCUGCAGCUGCGGCCUCUUCCAAGCGCACCAGCUGAAAAAGAGUCCCAAAUGGACGUGCAAAGCCUGCGGCAAGAAACAGUCGUUUUUGCGGAGCUACGGUGAGGGCUCCGGUGCUGACUGCAGGCGCCAUGUCCAAAAGUUAAAUCUGCUGCAAGGACAGGUCUCAGAGCUGCCGCUCAGGUCUCUGGAGGGUUCUGGAAGUGUCAGAGAAGAAGAACUUGAAGAUCACCAUCAGGCAGAGAAUGUGGAUCCUCAGCCCUCUGAGAGCCGCUGGCUGAAGUGUCUGCACAAGGACUCCCCGGAACUGGAGCUGGGAGGAGGAGUGUGUUUCCAUGGACAGUCCUCAUCCGACAUGGAGGAGUCAGACCCUCCCUUCAGUCAGGAGCUGCCCAGAAAAAGGAAAUGGAGCCCGAGUCGGCCCAGCUGUUGCACAAACGUGACAUCCCAGACUUGGGCACUCCCAGGGGCACCUGGCCACCCCAGAAGGUUGGUGAUAGGGAAUAUUGCUUCCACUUUGGUCCCAGUGAUCACCAAGCACACACAGAACUGUUGAAGUAUGAGCUUUUUACCCCCCAAAGCUCAGCUUCCUGUUCUUGCCUGUGUGGAGCCAACUCCUU